UCUUGAAAUGCUGUGCCUUUAACCACAUGUGAGCAGCCCUACCGGUUCCAGCAGCAUAGCCUCAUCUCAGCAAAUGGAAAACGCAUUGUUUAUUUUUUACAAUGAGGUUCAUUAAGUUUCCAUCACCUCCAGCCUCCAUUAAGGCUCCAGUGCUCAUCUAUUUGUAACUCAGCAGCCUGAGGGCGAGUGUAUGGGUGAGGUACGACGACAUGGUUGCUUCCUGACUGAGUCCAUUAUUCAUGACGAGAGGAGAGGAGCGCAGCGCUCUCUCUGGAGUGGCAGACUGCACUGUGCCACAGAUUCCUGUAGGCGCCCUUCUCGCCAUGCGCUCUCUUCGGGUCGCAGCCUGACGCACUCGGGGAGGACGGUCCUCCGCUGUCACACCACCGAGGGAGGGAGAGAGAGAGAGAGAGUAAGAGAGAGAGGGAGAGAGGGGGCAAACUUUGCUUAAUUGUGGCUGAGACGCUUCCACCUUGGCGAUCGCGGUAACCAGCGAACAUAGCUCCGCUUCCCAACAGCCGCAGGUGACGGGCAGCAGCGAGGAAUCCCCCCACCACCACCCCCACCUCAGGAGAGACAGGGGCUGCAUCCUCUGAAGCCGUUCAUGCCGGGUAAAGUUUACGAGCAGCGUGGUAGAGGAGCGAGGAUAAAGACUCGGCUGUAUACCUUCCGAUAAACUUUACGGGGAAGUCGCUUGUCGCCUGCCAACUGAAAUGGGCACCUUGCGCGACCUCCAGUACGCGCUACAGGAGAAGAUCGAGGAGCUGCGCCAGAGGGACGCACUCAUCGACGAGCUGGAACUAGAGCUCGACCAGAAGGACGAGCUUAUACAGAAACUACAGACUGAGCUGGACAAAUACCGCUCCGUUAUCAAGCCGGCGACCCGGCAGGUCCACAAGCAGAACGAUCUGCACGAGCAGCAGCGCACCAAGAGGCAGGCGAUUUCCGGCGAACCUACCGCCUUCGACAUCCAGGAACUUAGCCAUGUCACCCUACCGUUCUACCCCAAAAGCCCACAGUCCAAGGAUCUGAUCAAGGAGGCCAUCUUGGACAAUGACUUCAUGAAGAACCUGGAGCUGUCGCAGAUCCAGGAGAUCGUGGAUUGCAUGUACCCUGUGGAGUAUGGAAAGGACAGCUGUAUCAUAAAAGAGGGCGAUGUUGGCUCUCUGGUCUACGUCAUGGAAGAUGGAAAGGUGGAGGUGACGAAGGAGAGCGUGAAGCUGUGCACCAUGGGGCCAGGGAAGGUGUUUGGAGAGCUGGCUAUUCUCUACAACUGCACGAGGACCGCCACUGUCAAGACUUUAACAAACGUCAAGCUGUGGGCCAUCGACCGACAAUGUUUUCAGACCAUCAUGAUGAGGACGGGUCUCAUCAAGCACACAGAGUAUAUGGAGUUUCUGAAAAGCGUACCCACAUUUCACGACCUGCAGGAAGACAUUCUGAGCAAGCUUGCCGAUGUCCUUGAGGAGACGCAUUAUGAAGACGGAGAGUACAUCAUCAGACAGGGAGCCAGAGGAGACACCUUCUUCAUCAUCAGUAAAGGAAAGGUUAAUGUGACCAGGGAAGACUUGCCCAAUGGAGAGCCUGUCUAUCUGCGCAGCCUCGGGAAAGGAGACUGGUUCGGAGAAAAAGCACUGCAAGGGGAGGACAUCAGGACAGCCAACGUCAUUGCAGCAGAGGCAGUCACCUGUCUAGUCAUCGAUAGAGAUUCAUUCAAGCACCUGAUCGGAGGCUUGGAGGAUGUGUCCAAUAAGAGCCACGAGGAUGCUGAUGCCAAAGCCAAGUAUGAAGCGGAGAACGCCUUUUUCUUCAAUCUAAACCUAGCUGACUUCAACAUCAUUGACACGCUGGGGGUCGGCGGCUUUGGACGUGUAGAGCUGGUUCAGCUCAAAAGUGACGAGAACAAAACCUUCGCCAUGAAGAUCCUGAAGAAGCGGCACAUUGUUGACACGAGACAGCAGGAGCACAUUCGCUCAGAGAAACUCAUCAUGCAGGAGGCGCACUCUGACUUCAUCGUUAGACUCUACAGAACAUUCAAGGACAGCAAGUACCUCUACAUGUUGAUGGAAGCGUGUUUAGGAGGAGAGCUGUGGACCAUUCUGCGAGACCGGGGUUCAUUCGAGGACUCAACCACCAGGUUUUACACCGCAUGUGUGGUGGAGGCCUUCGCCUACCUGCAUUCCAAAGGAAUCAUCUACAGAGACCUCAAACCAGAGAACCUUAUAUUGGACCACAGGGGAUAUGCCAAACUGGUUGACUUUGGCUUUGCAAAGAAGAUCGGCUUUGGGAAGAAGACGUGGACAUUCUGUGGGACGCCAGAGUAUGUAGCACCGGAGAUCAUUUUAAACAAAGGCCACGACAUCUCAGCCGACUACUGGUCGCUAGGAAUCCUCAUGUUCGAACUCUUAACUGGCAGCCCUCCUUUCUCUGGCCCGGAUCCUAUGAAAACCUACAACAUCAUCUUGAGAGGCAUCGACAUGAUCGAAUUUCCAAAGAAAAUUACCAAAAAUGCUGCCAACCUAAUCAAAAAGCUAUGCAGGGAUAAUCCGUCUGAACGACUGGGAAACUUGAAAAAUGGUGUCAAAGACAUCCAAAAGCACAAAUGGUUUGAGGGCUUUAACUGGGAGGGCUUGAAGAAGGGAACACUGGCGCCGCCUAUUAUUCCUAAUGUCACAUCAGCAGUCGACACGAGUAACUUCGACAGCUUCCCAGAGGACAACGAGGACCCGCCUCCAGACGACAACUCCGGCUGGGACGUUGACUUUUGAAGUCGUCCUCCUCUCUCACCUUAAACCAAAAGAGAAAAUCUUCUUUUGUUGGCUUGGAGGCCAGCGUGUGGACAAGGCAGUGUUGUAACAAAAAAAAAAAAAAAAGAAACUGCUUAAAUACAAAAGAGAGCAUAUGGAAAAGAAGUUAAACGGAUGGAUGGCAAACCCCUCUGGGUCACCGAUAUGCCUUUAUUUCACUGUGGCUCUGGAUCAAGCAUUUAAAAAAAAAAAAACGGGACUGCUGUAGCACUUCUUCAGUGUUGUCUCAGCUCUAAAAGGCAAAGGAAAGAAAGUGCAGGGAUACUCACACAUACACAAUACAACAGACGCUGAUUAUGGAGCCAGAUUUCCAUGUAACAGGGAUUUAGUGGUUGGAUGAACGUUCGAUAGUCUAACUUUUUGUUUUAAUCAAACAAGACGGACCGCUCCAAAAAAAGAGAGGAGGUCGAUUGUUGAUUUUUAUUUUUUCUGUCUUUGUUUCUCUGCAAUAUUUCGGGUGAAAUAUUUGGUGGAUUGUGGGAGGAUUUUAAGAUGUUACUGCAGUUGCUCUCUAUUUUUUUUUUUUGACAUGCAGCUGCUUUGCUGCAGUCUCUGACAGUCCCUCAGAGAUUUACACAUCACAGUUUGCAAGUUAAACUGGUAUCAAGUGCUCAAGACUAACCUGAAUGUCACAGAUUUUCUCCUCAUUUAACAUCCGUUCUGCGAACAGCAUGUACAGUAUACUCCAUCUUUUUUGGAUUCACAAGAAACAAUCCUCUCACAUCAAACACUUAGUAUAACUAACUUGAAAAGCACAAACACUGUGCAUUCAGUGGAGAGAGAGACGUGACUCUUUUUAAGUGCCCUGCCUGAGAUUUAAUGAAUCACACACCGACACACAUGAAAUGUCAGCUACUAUUUCCAUGAAGCAAUGUGUCAUUAUGCACUUAAGACCAUUAACUGAGAAAAUCAGCAGUUCUAGCUCUUUUAACCGUCUCUUUUUUUUUGUUCUUCAAAAUGCUCUUAAUCACACAUGAUUGCUUCUCUACCUGCAUACUUCCUUGUUUUUGUAAAUCACCCAAAUGCCUCGUCCCCUGUUUUCUUCUGACAUAACUGUGAACAUGGUUUCUACGUCUUUGGUGCUGUUAUUGAUAAAUUAUGAUGAGUGAUAGCAGGAUGACAGUACUGGUUAUUGUUUUCGUAUAGUGAUUUUUUUUUUGUGUGCUCGAUUUCUUUGUAAUGUACUUGACUUUCUUCUUUAGAAAAAUUUGGCGAUUUGUGUCGAUUUGUGAACUCGAGUGGAAAUUUUGUUUGCUUUCACUUGGCACCAUGUUACAUUGUGCUCAGUGGUGUUCUCAAGGUUUUUUUUAGUUUUUUUUUUAAAAAAGGUUAAACUAUGUUAAAGGUGCACUAUGUCGAUUUGGUGGGGAAAUUUGAAAGUUGGAGAAGUGAAACAAUUCUAUGCUAUAUUUUCUGAACUAAAUAGACAAACUUCAUUCAAAGGAAAAAAUGGGUCGAUGAACACAGUUUGGAGCUAAAAAGCUACCAGGAGAGUUACGGGUUCACUGUUGCGGACCCCCCACCAUAAAUUCUCGUUUAGCUUUUAAACUUCAAACAGUUUUCCAGAGACCAAAUUUUCCUCUGAGGACAGUUUGGAUAUAGAGUGAACAUACACCACAUAAUCUGUACAGUACUCCAACUUUCACAUUUCUCAACUCCAAAGUGCACCUUUAAGUUCAUCCAUAAAAACUCACUUUCUUCUUUGGAGGCGAAAUUUACCACACAUAAUCAUAUCUUUACUUCGAAUCAUCGUAUGGAAAUUGAGAAAAGAAAGUGAAAUGAAAGUGCAGAGAAAAAAGCUUAUAGAUGUUUUGCGAAACGUACAAGUUUGACCACUAGCUCAAUGACCUCAUCCAGAUCGUCCCAUCUCUCAUCCCAAAGUCCGAGCAUAAAAAUCAGAAGUAAUGUAAGUGCCUUAAAUCAAUGGCAUACAAAAAUUAACAUCACAUGUCCUCUUUGAUGCUGCAUGAACACAUAUACACCUCAAAAACUGACGCGUCCUACUAGGCGGCUGCUUCUCAUCCUUUUGUCAUAUCGAAUAAAUACAUCAAACACCGUGGAAAGAGAUUUUUUACGUCAUUUGAUGGCUGACAAAUGUGUAUGAAAUUAAAGUCCUGCUUCCACCUUUGAUUUAUCUCACAGUAAAAAAUGACACAAAUAUUUUAUCAAACCCGACAUGGCUGCAAUGACAUGCUUUCUCUAUAUAUCUGAUAUGGACAUCUAACAUGAAGUCAACCACAACUGGCAAGAUAUAAAGUGAACAAUACAUCAAAGCUCAGACGGCUGUCAUGUGUCCACUCGUGAAAUCUGAGCUUUUAAAGAUGGCGGGAAUGAUUUGCAGUCUUCAUUAAAACGAAUAUCCUUAUUUCCUCCUGUUGACAAUCUUUGGCGGCACAAUGUCAUUGAUCAUAUUGCAUCAUCAUUUCAUUGUUUGAAUAAUGCAUAAUUCACCCACACAGACUGAUAUGCUUACAUUUAUAUCCAUAAAUCAUUAACUAUGAAAAAAAAGGAGAAAAAUCUUUUCGUAGGCAUACCAUAAGUGUUUGACUGUAUUACAAGCAGGUUAUGUUGAUCACAAAGCCUUAUAUAUGCCAUCACUUAACAAACCACUGGUUUUAAGUCUUAUAUUGAGCGCCUUCUGCAAUGUUACCUGAUAUCUGCCUUGUGUUAUGUUGUUUUUUCUGCUGUAAAUUGAUUUUGCAGAGUGCCACGUGUAAGAUUUUUAAAAAUUAUAAAGUAAAAACAAUACUUUUGA